AUGGAUGAGAGACGUGUGCUGGUGCGGGUGAAGAGGCGUCUCGAUGAGGAUCCGCUCCCGGAAAUCCUUCUUGAGGAGCCACGAAAAGAUUCUGACAAGCGAAAAAGACCCGAUGCCACGGCUGCAGCUCUAAAGCUGGUCGACACGGUUGGGUCCCGACAGUGGCCCGAUGAGGAAUACGGCCUUCCUAUAGCGUGGUUCCAUGCAGCCGCAAACGCGGCCUGGCCAGCGAUGCCUCAAGGAGGCAUGUCGCAACAGCUCGAGCCAAUGCUGGAACUUAGAGAGGCAUCCCGUCGUCUGAUCGGCGGGUAUGCCGGCGAAACCGUGCAGCUCAUUGACGUGGACCGUUCCGAAAACUGCCCGAUGCCGGCAGUGUCAGCAACUUCUGGAUUCACGGUGAAUGGCAUGGAGCUCGUUGCUGAGCCCAGACCUCCGAGUCCGAGAGAGGAUUUUGUGUGGGACGUCUAUGCGCUCAGUGAUCUCCAACAUGCGCCAGCGGCUGCGGUGCAGCUCCAUGAUUCAGUCCUGGGUCCGGAAGAAACGGACCUGGAUGAACUGGAGUCCAUGGACUCUUCAGACGAAGGCGGUGUUGAGCCAUGGUCACGCAGAAGCAGCUCCGAUGAAGAAUGCGAUGAGCCGGAGGACGGAUCGCAAUGGGUGAACACGCUGGACUAG